AUGGCGGCACUCAAGCUCAAGCUCAUGGUGCCACCGGCAGGCUUUUGCUUGUUUCUACUGCUCAUGCCACCACUCCUACUUCCUCCUGGAUGUGCUGCCACUCGUCCUGAUCCCACCCAAGGGCCAUCUGAGGGCAACAACAGGACAUGCACGGAGCUGAGCAAGAGGAGCCCCAUCCUCUACUGCGAGCACCACGCAUGCGUCGACAACUGCCGCAUCGAGGGCUUCGCCGAGGGAGGGUUUUGCAACUGGCUGCGCUGCCUCUGCAAGAGGCCCUGCUGA